AUGGCAGACUUUUCAGUCAACUUUAUUCGUGGCCGUGACUUCCACUUCAACCGUAACGAGAAGAGGCUUGGUCCAGGGUUUGAACGUCAUGCUCAUGUUCUAGCCACUGCACGAAGUGAGGGAGGCAUUGAUCACCAGGUCUGCCCAUUAAUUGAGGCAGAGUUGGACGAGCGUCGCCAUGGCUUUCCCCAUUUCUGGACGGAGCCCUACAUUCCCGGACGACGCUUGCUGCCGACGAUGCACAAGAGAGUUACAAUCGCGCAACGUCGGGUGGACAGCGCUUUGACAGCGCUGGAAGUCGCGGCAAAUACUGGCAAUAUAGAGAUCCUAGAUCUCCUGCGGGCAGCAGGAGCGGACGAGUCUGCUUGGAUACAACCAUCAACCACAAGUAAUGAUGAUGCGGACCACUUUAAGAUUGAAGGUAAGGACGCCUCAAUCUCCUUUCUGGCGACAUCCUCUCCUGUCCACGAAGCCAUUGCUGCCGGUCAGCAGUCCAUGCUCCGUCAUCUGCUGUCCACCUGUAGAUAUUCCCCCAACUAUCGCCCUUGUGCAGCCCCCACUGUUGCUCUUCCACCACUUUCCUACGCCAUCGCUCAGUGCGAUCUCAGCAAUACUGGCGUCCAGGGCUGCCUGGUUGACCUACUCUCCCAUCCACAGCUGGAUGCCAAUCUGCAUACACCCAUCUUCAACGUCCAUCUGCUCCACUUUGCCACGGCGCAUCAUGAUCCCGAUCUCCUCUCAUGGCUGGCGGGAAUCAUUCCUGGUGGGUUCGCCGCAGCCGGGGUCACAGCACUUGGUCACACGCUACUCCAUGUGGCCUCCUUGCCUCUGACAAAUUGUCAAACUUCUCCAUAUCGACUUCCAAGUCCGAUCCACAUGCAGUUUUUGACGCCUGGGGAAACAGGUGCGAAACAUCCGCAGCCCAUGACAGUAGCCCAGCAACAGGCCCAAAAGGCCACGGUCCGGGUCUUGCUAGAAUGGGGCGGGAUUGAUGUUCGUGCCAAAGAUGUCGAUGGCAACACGGCGUUGCAUUAUUUGGCGGGGACUUUGAACGUGGACGAGGAGACUGUGGAGUUGGUAAGGCAGAUGGAAGGUGGGGAGGCAGUCUGGCAGGAGGCGACUAAUUACUGGGGUCUGACUCCAAGGCAGCUAUGGGGGAAGUAG